AUGGGUGUGCAGUCUCUGUGCCUGCCAGGAAUGCUGCUCCUGCUGUCGCUGCUACUGGGCUUCGGAACCAGACCUAGUGCAGCCUCCAGAAAGUCACAUGUGCACCGACGUGGACUCAUUGAGUUGGCAGGGAGCUUGCAGUGUGCCAGCACGCACUCCCCCUUGGCCUACAUAAGCUAUGGUUGUUACUGUGGCCUGGGUGGCCGUGGCCAGCCAAGGGACCCCUCAGACUGGUGCUGUCACCGCCAUGACUGCUGCUAUGAAGUUGCUGAGAAAGCCGGCUGCCAGCCCAAGCUGGAUCGCUACUCCUGGAAGUGCGUCAAUGAUCAUGUAGUGUGUGGGCCUACUGAGGACAAAUGCCAAGCACUCACAUGCAAGUGUGACCAGGAAGCUGCUCAUUGUUUAGCUCAGGCUGAGUACAAUGUAAAGUACCUUUUCUACCCCUAUUUCUUAUGUGAGAAGGACUCACCCAAGUGUGCCUGACUAGCCUGUACACGAAAAUAAAUCCUUCUCAGAGA